AUGGUUGCGACUGAAUACAUUGCGGUGUCGGGUGCGACUACGGGCAUGCUGAAGCUCAGCAUCUACUUCGAGGAGCUGGCGUGUUUCGGGCCAGUGAUUGCGGAGGUCGGUACCAACCUGUCGUGGUCCAGCGGCGUCGAGGUGAAGAUGAUCAAGGAGAGCAUCAAAAAAAGACUACUCGGUGCUUCUCAAACCCACCCGGCCGUGGCGAAGCACCCGCUGUGGGACGAGUACGUUGUCCACCCGUCCACGUAUCGCACGAUCAAUCUCAUCGCAUCGAAGAGUUCAUUGCUGGACCCUCAUGCUGAGAGCAUCGUUUCUGGCGUGAGCUGCGAGCCCAUCUGGACGUUCACGGUGAAGAUUCAGGAUACGGGCGCGUGGGGGUUCAUCAAAGUUCCUAACCCUGUGCUGGCUGGUCGCGGCGACUGCGUGUCGUGUGCCGUCCUGAAGACGUGGCUCGUGACCCAGCUGGCACUGCCGAACGGUUUCCAACUAAUCAAUGACGUGCGCAUCUUCCGCAACGACAGCGGGUUGGCCAAGGGCGACCCCCUGGCGGACGAUGAUGACGUGUGGAAGAAUCUCUGGUACUUCGCCAUCGUCGACCCGAAGCUCGAGCCCCUCUGGGAGUACCCCGACCACAGCUCGCCCGUCUCUCUGGCCAGGGGCUGGAACGACGUGCAGCCGACCACGGAGGCGACGACGCUCGAGGACGACGUCCUAGACGGGCCGCAGUGA